AUGGGUUUCCACAUGGCGUACGCUUCCUCGACCGAUAAGGCUACUGAUGUGAGCUGUCAAGCUCUUCUAGGCCUACUCGAGAAUAUGGGUCUCAAUUGUCGCCUUCUACCGGGCGUGCAGGCCAAUGACAGAAGUUCGCGAGCUUUUGUCCGAAGCCAAAGAUUUCGAAUCAAAGCAGGGCGGUGUAAAGAAGCUGAAGAUAAUCAUAAGACCAAUGAAGCCUCAAUGUCUGUGGGAGCUCAGCUCCUUAUUCUUAACGUUGCACAGGGCACAGCUACAUCAGACAAAGAUCGAUCCUAUGGCUUGCCAGAGCUUUCUCUUGAACAUCAUAUCCUUCGAGAGAUUGACAUGGCCAAGGGAACAGGUAGAGCCCUGCCUACUUACUACCCAUCAGAGAACCAGGAAGCACUGUCUAGGGGUUUUAUUUGUUUUUAUGAUGUUGUUCGCUUCGAGGGACCCGAGGUCGACAUGUUUGAUAGACUUCAUUCGCACCUGCAGCACAUAAGGAAAGAGCCGUUGGGCGAAUGGAAGUCAGAAGGACAAUGCCCUCAUCGACUUCAAUAA